ACUCCAGCAAGUUGAUGAAAACCGCAAGUCUGUCACCAAUGAGAUAAAGAAGUCAAUUUGCAACUUGAUCAUGGAGAUCAACAGAAAGGGAAAAAUCUUGGUCAAUCAACUUGAGGUAUGCUUGUUAAACAGGACAUGAGCAAUCAUGUCUUUCUACCACAUAAUGAAAUAAUGUACACUUCUGCUAACAUGGCUCUAAUUACACUAUAUGUGAGCAUAUUGUUAAGUAGCUUUGUGCUAAUCAUGGUGGUUGUGUCAGACACUGACGAAGGACCAUGAGGUCGGACUGAAGAAACAACAAGAAGAUGUCAGCCACCUGACCAGACAUCUAGAUCACGUCAUCAACUUCACCAAGUGGGCCACAGCCAGUCACAGUGGCACGGCUCUCCUAUACUGCAAGAGACUGGUAGGAACCGUGACUUUCACUGGGGAGAUGGAUUUAUUUUGGCCUACUUUUAUACCCAUGAGGGAAAAUGUUGACCUAAAUUGUUCAGACAGCUCUGUGUAGAAAUACACAUUGAAACCUGAAUUUGUGAUGUUCAGAAGCAUUAGGCUACAUCCAUUUGAGUGAUUCAGAAACAUUUUCUUUCAGAUUCUUUGCCAAAUCCAUUACCUAAUGAGAGCCAACUGUAACGCAUCCAUCGUCCCUCAGAGCUCAGUCCGCUUCCAGUGUCGCUCCGGUUUCUGGGCCUCAAAUGUCGAUCUUGGUACGAACGCUAAAACUUCAGUUCUGACGGAUACUGUAGGCGUAAUCCAAAAUCAUCCCCAUGAUGUUAAAUGCAGACAUUGUUGAACUAAUGUUUGUUAAUGUUUCUGUGUAUUUCCUAAGGGUCUUUGGCAGUAGAGAGAAUCCCUGGCCGUCAGCCCAGUUCUAUGCAGCAGGGCUUCCCUCCUGGCCACCCCAGCCAGCCUGGCCCCGGCCCCAGAGGAGAGGGCCCUCCCGGGGCCUUCCCUCCAGGCUCCUCCGCCCACCAGCGUGGGAGCACCCUGGCCCAGCUCCAGCUGCAGGUAGAGAAGCUUGCCCAGCACCCCAACAGGGCUGGACAGCCCCCUCCCAACCAUUGGUCCUGGUACCAGCAGGGUCUGAAGCUCCCAGGGCCAGGGGGCCCCCCUCCACAGAGGCCCCACCAGGGCGGUUCUCCGUCACAGGGUCCCCCCAACAUGGUCCAGAUCCAGCAGCCGGGCCGGAGUUACGGACCCCCUGGGCCCCAAGCCCAUUCCAACCCCAGAAGCCCCACCUCUAUGCUGCAAAACGCAGGCUUCCCUCCUCAGGUAUGUGUGAUUCUUUAAUUUUUUUUAUAAUAAUCCUAAUCCCUUUUUGAAGUUGUAGAUUUGCUCUUUGCUGUUAUCAGACAGUGUACAAUAAUAGAUUGAGCCACUGAGAACAUGCUAUUUCAGUUGGGAUAAAAUGGAGACAAGCUGAUACAAAUGCACCAAUUCUGAUUCAUAUGUUCACUGAGUUGUGUUAUUGUGUCUGUAGUAAAUCAUUUCUAGAUUUUUUUGGUCAUAAUUAUCCUACAAAUUGCAAGACUUUUGUGCCAUAUCUAAUUCUAGUCUCUGAGGGAUCUCAUCCACAACUCCAGCUUCCCUCCCAAACCAAUGGAUGUGCUACAGGGUACCUCCCGCUACUCUCAUGCACCUCCUCCCAACACAGGACCCAUCAGCACUCAAGCCUCUAUACACCAGGUACUGAAAAAACUGAAGCUGAACCUCAUUAUUGAAUGUAUUUACAUGUGUUUUUCUCUAUGAUUUGUAUAUUUACCACACACACACAAACAAACAAACAAACAAACAAGAGAAAUAGAGGAACUAUUUGGUUGUUGUUCUCAGCGUAACAUGAUGGAUGCCGCACAACUGAGGAGGAGUGACCCCAGUGGAUCUUCAUCAUCAUUAUCCAUGCCCAACCCCAGAGCUAGUUAUGCUCCGAGCCUAGCCACUGCCUUCCCAGACAGACAUGGUGGGCAUCUCACCCUCUCACACUCCCCUCAUUUAUUACAUGCAAAACAAACGUGAAAUAUAAUUAAAUGAGCUAUUCAAUGCCCAAUCAUAAAUUCAUCUCAAUAAAACCCCUUUCUCUUUCUCUCCUCAGCACAAGGAAGACAGAAUUCCCCCAUGUCCAAAUCUUCCUCCUCUGAAGCCAACAUAGGGUAGGUGAACCUCACUCCCACACCACAGGGUGCUGUCCUCUUUACACCCCACACCAAGGUCACAGUAUGUACUGUGUGGUUGAUGUGUUCCUGGUUGUAAUAUAUGUACCAUGUUGUUGUGUUCCUGGUUGUAAUAUCUGUACCGUGAGGUUGAUCUGUUCCUGGUUGUAAUAUCUAUGGUUCUGUACCGUGUGGUUGACUUGUUCCUUGUUGUAAUAUCUGUGUUGAAGGUCUGCUUCCUGGAAGCGCACAGAGCCUCAUGCGGCGGCCCCCCCCUCCUCAGCUAAGCGGAGGAGAAGGUCGUCCCCCGGACCAAUCAUCGUCAUCAAGGACGAACCAGAGGACGACGACGAAGUCAGCUUUGUAAGUAUGACUGUAUGUGCACUCUGUGUGUGUGUCUAUCUCUGUGUGCCUUUUGAAAGAGAUAUAUUCUAUACAAUCAUAUAUGAAAGAUGAUAUCAGGUUCAGAUGAUAGAAUCUCCCUAGUCUCGCUUCCAUCCUCCAGGUGCAGUCUAGUGUUGGAGCCUCAGCCAGCCUGCCAGACAGCAGUACAGGCAUCCAGCCCAAGCCCCAGUCCCAGCCCCAGCAGCAGUCUCUCCCAGCACCCAUGGUGGACCCCCAGCCAGAGCCAGAGCCCCAGCCUGACCCCCAGCCUGACCCCCAGCCAGAGCCCCAGCCUGACCCCCAGCCAGACCCCCAGCCUGAGCCCCAGCCAGAGACCCAGGUAGAGCUAGAGGCAGACCCCCAACCAGAGCCAGAAAAGGCCCCAGGUGUCCCUGAAGACGACCCCAAUGAAGACUGGUGUGCUGUGUGUCAGAACGGGGGAGAACUGCUUUGCUGUGACAAAUGUCCGAAAGUCUUCCAUCUGAACUGUCAUAUACCUACACUUAGAGAGUCUCCCAGGUAAUUAACACCUACUUUUAAAUGUCUAUGCACCACUCACAGCUGCACCGUCCUGCCUGCUCUGCCUGUUAAAUGUAAUACAUCUGUCUCUGAAGGGCGAUAGUUUGCAGUACCUUGUAAUAUAAAAUGGGGGAAUUAUUUACCCCCAAAGUAUGACGAGAGACUGCAAUAUUGUCAAUUCACUAACCCCCCUGUGUGUCUGUUUCCAGUGGUGAGUGGUUCUGUUCGUUCUGUCGUGACCUGACCAGUCCUGAGAUGGCGUAUAACCCAGAUAGCCAGAGAGAAUCACCAGCCAUGAAGGAAGAGCCAGGAUCAGAGGGAUUCCCUUCAGUUGAUAAAAGGAAAUGUGAGAGACUGUUGCUCUGUAUCUACUGCAACGAGUUCAGUACAGAUUUCCAGGAGCCUGCCUCACCGUCGGUAAGACUGCAACUACCAACUGCCCCAUAGAACGUUUUUGCUCUAUGGUUUUAAUUCAAUCAAUACGAUACGACUUUGUCUAUCGAGUCAGAAAAUUGUCAUAACUCCCAAUCCCCAGACACCACACCAUUCAUUUUGGUUAAUUUAUCACAGUUAACUAAUGAUGAUUCCCCCAUCUGAUAUGUCCAGUCAAUCCCAGAGUAUAAGGAGCUGAUUGAGACUCCAAUGGACCUGUCCAUAGUGAAGAGCAGACUGGAGUCUAAGGAGAGCCCACGUUACUGCAGUGCUGAGGAGUUUGUCAAGGAUGUCAGGCUCAUAUUCAGGAACUGUGCAAAGUAUUACCAGGUACGGCAACACGACAUGACACACAAUAUGACACAUUUGGGUUGGAUUAUGGUGCUUGCUUACAACACUAGGAUUCGUAUAUUCUUUUAUUUUUUGUAUUGGACCACAAAACUGAAUAUGCCCCGGUUUCCCAGACCCAGGUUAAGCCUAUUUAGAAUGGACUAAAAGUAUGCUCAAUAUCCAGUAGAAGGCUUAAUUUGGGUCUGGGAAACCAGCCCUAAAUGUGUUAACAAAAUUGAGACAAAGACACCUAUUUCUGUUUGUUUUAAUUAGAGAUAUACAUAGCAUGCAGUAAUGUGCUUGUUUUCCUGUUUUAUUCCCUAUGACAGUGCUUUCACUUCUGCUUUGCUUGCUCUUUGAGCUCGGGUAACUGUAAAGCACUUUGUGAUAACUACUGAUGUAAAACGGGCUUUAUAAAAUACAUUUGUUUGAUUGACAGGCAGACACUGAGGUGGGAGGUGCAGGACUGAGCCUGGAGGAGUACUUUGAGGAGCAGCUGAAGCUCCUCUACCAAGACAGGAACUUCCCUGGGGGCAGAGAGGAGGGCAUGAUACCCCCUGUGGAGGACGAGAUGGAAGAAGGAAUGGAAGACGAAGGGAUGGCUCCUAACGAAGGGGAUAUGCCCCCUGUCGAGGACGACCUAACACCUGUUGAAGAAGGGAUGCCUUCUAUGGAGAAAGAAGGGACGGAAGAGGGGAUGGAGGAAGAAGGGAUACCUCCUUUAGAAGAGAGCAUGGAAGAGGAAGGGGAAGAGACUUCUCCAAUGAAAGGAGAGACACCACCUUGUGAUGCUACUGGACCAGUAGAUCCAUCAACAAGGGGUGCGUCAUCACCCAACCCUCCCAGCGAGGAGGCUCCCCAACGCCCCUCAGAUACCCCAGACAACCCUCCCUGCGAGGAGGCCCCCCAACCCCCCUCAGAUACCCCAGACAACCCUGCUGACUCCCACGACACCAGCCCUGCUGACUCCCAGGACACCAGCCCUGCUGCAGGCUUAGCCACAGAAAAUGAGGGGACGACUGAAGAAGUGAGAGACAAAGCAGAAGAGGAGUGAUUCUUGUUCUACCUCUGUAAAUUGGACGGACAAUAAAGCUUUUUGAAUUAUCUAUAGGAUCUGUUGUCUGAAAAUACAGGGAGACCUCUUUGCUGCAUCAUACUUUUUGAUAUGAUUUGCAAUAAUAAAUAAAUAAAGCAGAGAAACCCAGGACGUAUAACAGGGUACAGAGAUGGACAAUGAAUGCACAAAUGUUGUUUGUCUUGUUACAAAGCAAUGUAGUUACAUGUAUGAACUAAUAAUGCACAGACUGUUCUGUCUGCUGAGAUUGAGAAGUUACAAUCAUGCUGUAACUGAUGAGCUUUCUACAAUAACAAUCAUAACACACAAAUAAUGUCCAUUAUUGAUAAGUUGUCUGCAGUUUUCCAUAUUGGCUUUUAUAAAGAUGAUUGCCAUAUAAUGUAUAUUUAUAAUAAUGUAAGUGAUAUUAUUAUUUAUCCAACUCUAAAGAAAAAUAACUGCAAAGAAAGAACUCCAUGAAAACCAUAGCCCUACAUCAUGUCUCAAAACUCAAAGUUUUUGAUUAAGGUCAAUCAUUUUUAACAGACAUUUUUAUGUAUAGUUGUGUGUUUUAAUUUAGAUAAAUUAUAGGCUACUCUUGUAUAGAACAUUGUAAAGGAGGUAUUCUGAAAGGUAGACUCAGCGAUAUGACAUAGAUGAAGAAAGUAAA